UGACCUGUGUGAUUAACUGACAUACAUAGUGGAGCAACAUUGCCUCCCUCAGACUGCAGCCAUGGGCCAAGUCCUAUUUAUCCCUUUUUUCAUUUUCUCCGUCUGUCCCUCCCUCCGUCCACCUCUCGGGGCAGUGCAGUCGUGGGACAGGACCAGCCUCAGAGGCCGUGCAAGAGGGCAGGACGAGUUGAGACACACGAGGGGUAGAAUGAAGGGAGGAGUAAAAAUAGUAGUUCUAGGGCUUGACAUGUCAGGAGAAAGUAUUUGAGUAGAGAGGAGGGAAGUGAACGAACCUGAGCCCCAUUCUUUACAUAGAGUCUGACCCAUAUCUUGCGGACGGUGUGGUGUGUGUCUUUGAAAAAAAAAGCGUGGUGUUCCAAGUUCUUCAGGUCUCUUCUGCUUCUGCACAAUUCCAGUUGUACCUCUCUCAAGUGCCAGGAUGUUGGGUCACAUGCUGUCGUUCGGGCGUUCCCUGGUGCGGAGGAAGGUGGUGGACAUGGACUCCCUGGAGGACUCCAAGCUGUGCCGCUGCCUGGGCACCGUGGACCUGAUCGCCCUGGGCGUGGGGAGCACGCUGGGCGCCGGCGUCUACGUGUUGGCUGGAGAGGUGGCCAAAGGCAACUCUGGGCCCAGCAUCGUGGUGUCCUUCCUCAUCGCUGCGCUGGCAUCAGUCAUGGCCGGCCUGUGCUACGCUGAGUUUGGGGCCCGUGUGCCCAAGACUGGGUCGGCUUACCUGUACAGCUAUGUGACUGUUGGAGAACUGUGGGCCUUCAUCACUGGUUGGAAUCUCAUUCUGUCCUAUGUGAUAGGAACCUCCAGUGUGGCACGAGCAUGGAGUGGGACAUUCGAUGAGCUUAUCGGUGGCCACAUUGAGCAGUUCUGCAAAACCUAUUUCAGGAUGAGAGCUCCUGGCCUCGCCGAGUAUCCAGACUUCUUUGCUGUGUGCCUCAUCCUGCUCCUCUCAGGUCUCCUCUCGUUUGGAGUGAAGGAGUCCGCGUGGGUCAACAAAGUGUUCACAGCUGUCAAUGUGCUGGUGCUGCUGUUCGUCAUCAUCUCUGGCUUCGUGAAAGGCGACUCAAUCAACUGGGAUAUAUCAGAGGAGUCUCUCAUCAAUUUCACCAUUGUCAAAAGAAAUCUUUCUUUCAUGGAUAAUGUCACCAGUGACUAUGGUGUUGGUGGAUUUUUCCCAUAUGGAUUUAGUGGGACGCUUGCAGGUGCUGCAACUUGUUUCUAUGCCUUUGUUGGCUUUGACUGCAUUGCAACAACAGGAGAGGAGGUGAGGAACCCCCAGAAGGCCAUUCCCAUUGGGAUCGUGACGUCCUUGCUCAUCUGUUUCCUGGCGUACUUUGGGGUGUCGGCUGCCCUCACCCUCAUGAUGCCCUACUACCUGCUGGACGAGAAGAGUCCCCUGCCGAUGGCCUUCGAGUACGUGGGAUGGGGCCCUGCUAAGUUUGUAGUGGCGAUUGGAUCACUCUGUGCCCUGUCAACCAGCCUUUUGGGCUCCAUGUUCCCUCUGCCCCGCAUUCUGUUUGCCAUGGCACGAGAUGGCUUACUGUUCAAAUUUCUUUCCCAAGUGAGUAAGAGGCAGUCCCCUGUGGCUGCCACCAUGGCCGCAGGCAGCACCGCGGCAAUCAUGGCUUUCCUGUUUGACCUGAAAGCCUUGGUGGACAUGAUGUCCAUUGGCACCUUGCUGGCCUACUCUCUGGUGGCCGCCUGUGUCCUCAUUCUCAGAUACCAGCCGGAAUCUAUCUUUGGAAAAAGCAGGGCGAAUGGAGCUCGGGAAGGGGAGGUAGAGUCUGAACUGACUGAGUCGGAGUCCCACCUCAACAUGCUGAACAAGGACGGACCCCUGACACUGCACUCGGUCUUCCACCCCUCACUGAUGCCUACAGAGCAGACCUCCACUGUGGUCAAUAUGGCGGUCGGGGUCAUAGUUGUGGUUGUUUGCAUCAUCAGCACACUGACCACACAUUACCAAGACGCCAUUGUUGCCAUGGCGCCCUGGAUUCUUGGUGUCCUGGCAGCAUCCUUGGGAGUCUUCAUCCUCUGUGUCGUCAUCAUCUGUAAACAGCCACAGACCUCCAGAAAGGUUUCUUUCAUGGUUCCCCUCCUGCCGUUCCUACCCAUCCUGAGCGUGUUUGUUAAUAUUUACCUCAUGGUCCAGCUGAGCGGAGACACCUGGAUCCGUUUCUCCAUCUGGAUGGCAGUGGGGUUCGUCAUCUACUUUGGUUAUGGCAUGUGGCACAGCGCGGAGCAUAAGCGGGCGCAGCAGAGCUGCAGCAGUGUGCCAGAGAAGGUGCCCAACGUGGGCAAGGAGGUAGAUGCCGAGCAGUUCAUCCACCCAGACAAGACCAGUCGCUGUUGAAGCAAGCUGAAAACAGGCGAGGCCUGAAGCUCCAUGUGCUAAACAGACCCUUUUUUUAUUUUUUUUUAGAAUCACUGUUGACGCAUACUAUUAGCCACAAACAGACUUUCAAAAGCUGCAGGAGCUACACUCAGACCUUCGUAGGAGGACCUUCUUAUUCAAGAUGGCGUCUCUCUCUCUGUAGAACGUGGAGAACGGCUGUAGUUUUGUUUGAUCCCCUAGCGGAUUAAGGUUUAAGUAAAUAUGACCAAGAGAAUGAAACGGUAUGGCAGGCACAUGAUGGGUUUGGAUGGUAUGGUUAAGAGGAUCAUAAAACAGCAUCAACUGUCCCAAUGUACGUUUGACGAUGGUAGAGGGGUAUUUCUCCAUCUUUGUAUUUGGGUUCAUUGAAAUCGGGUCCAUUUAGAAGUUAGUAAGAGAAGACAUUUGAUAUGAACAAUUACUAACAAUUAAUUGCCUUUCCUUCAAUGGGGUAAGACAUUAAGCGCAUUAGUGGAACUGGUCACGGAGGCCUUAAUGUUAUGAUUCACAGGAUCAUGUGCUGAAACUGUAUUAAAUAAUAAAUGCGAGUUAGAGGAUCUGGGUAUUAUCAAUCUGGCCAAACCUUCACCCUCAGUAAAAGCUGCUGUAUGUGUAAGUUUCUUGCUAGCCUCUGCUCGGCUUAGCCAGUUAAUUCCCUCUUGGUCAAUGCUUGUGUAUAUAUUGGCAAGCAAGGUGUUACAAACACUGAUUGGCAACAAAGCUCAUUAACAAAGUCUAGGGUGUUAGGAGUUGUCCAAACUCAAGUCCCAAAGCUAAAGGUCUGUGAUAUUUGUAUCAAACAGUAUAUUCAAAGCUAUGUGGAUGAAAUACCAAAGGGACACCCGUCUACCUUACGGGCCCUGGGCUGACCCAAGCGGUGUGUCCUGCAGAUGAACAGCCCAAGUGCGGAGCUCAAGCCUCCCAGCUCCUGGGAAGUUCAAAAACUCCCAUUUACAAACAAACAAAACAAAAAGUGCACAACCAAAACCAACCCAAUCCGGGGAAAGGCAAUUCAGACGAGGGUCCAAACAUGAAGAGUCUGCAAGCUCGAUGUACCGUGAGCCGGCUGGCCUUUGCGGUUCCACCACGCUGAAUCGUCCGCCAUCAGCCUUUCUUCAUGUACCUUAAAUACCCUAGCCCAAUAGGUACCAGAAAGCAAGCCCCCUUGUUAGAGAACCUAGCAGAAGUACAAUUUAAUCUUGGAUACAGUAUACAAACACUGUGGUUAAACCAUUUAUGAUUUGAUAUACCUCAAUUCCAUUUCAGAAUUGGUGUUUAAUUCAGUUCAGUAUAAUAUACAGUAUGUAACUCUAUAUGUAACAUCCAAGCAAAGCAGAUUGGAGUGGAACUUGCAGGCUAUACAAUUCUGGAUCAACUCAAUGAAAUGUAAGAGUUUAAAUGUGAUUUCUGCCAUUCUUUCAGAGGGUUCGUUUCCAACGGUUGCCUUGUUUCAUGUGCAUUACUCUCCACACUUCAUGGCUAGGCCAUUUCAUGUCGAAAGUUUAUUUUAAUAUGUUCUCUUGCAUGGCUCUAGUCUUGGAAGAAUCUAUCGUUCCCUUGUAGCUGUAGUUGAAUAUGCAUUUAUCAAUGUCAUUUCUUUUCAAUUAGUAUGCUACAAGUUUGUCUUAAAUAGGUACGGGUGUUGCUAUGACAAUUCUUUUCAUUCAUUCCUAACUGAUCUCACAAAUAGUCAUUAAAACUCCAAGCCAGAA